AUGGUCGUGGACGUGGACGUGGACGUAGACAUGGUCGUGGACCUUGACGUGGACGUGGUCGUGGUCGUGGACGUGGUCGUGGACGUGGACAUGGACGUGGAUGUGGACGUGGACGUGGACAUGGACGUGGACGUGGACGUGGACGUGGACGUGGACGUGGACGUGGACAUGAACGUGGAUGUGGACAUGGACGUGGAUGUGGUCGUGGUCGUAGACGUGGACGUGGACGUGGACGUGAACGUGUACAUGGACGUGGAGGACGUGGAUGUGGAGGACGUGGACGUGGACGUGGAGGACGUGGACGUGGACGUGGACGUGGACGUGGUCGUGGACGUGGAGGUUGACGUGGACGUGGACGUGGUCGUGGACGUGGAGGUUGACGUGGACGUGGACGUGGUCGUGGACGUGGAGGACUUGGACGUGGACAUGGAUGUGGACGUGGACGUGGACGUGGACGUGGACAUGGUCGUGGACGUGGACGUGGACGUGGACGUGGACGUGGACAUGGACGUGGACGUGGACGUGGACGUGGACGUGGACGUGAAUGUGGACGUGGACAUGGUCGUGGACGUGGACGUGAACGAGCUUGCCUGGUCCAUGAACGUGCCUGGUCCAGGAGCUUGCCUGGUCUAG